AUGAAAUCGAAAAAAUAUGUCGACUUGCUUCAAAUUUUUUCAACUGGCACAUCAAUAUUUCUCAACACGAUUUUGAUUAUUCUAAUCAUCACAAAAUCACCGAAACAUCUUGGAUCAUAUAAAUAUUUGAUGAUCUACAUUUCAAUCUAUGAAUUAGUUUAUGCGAUUCUCGAUGUUUUGCUUGCCCCACUGAUUUUCUCACAAGGCUCAAUCUUCCUGGUUAUCAUCUCAACAAUUGAUAACCGUCUCACAACUAACAAACAAGUUCUGCUUUACCUCAACUCAAUCUGGUGUGCAUUUUUUGGAGCAUUCAUGGGUGUUUUUGCACUUCAGUUCAUUUAUCGAUACUAUGUCAUUUCUGGGUGAGCUUAAGUUGAUUUUGUUGAAUUUCAUAACUCAAUGAUUUUUUAGAUCAAUCAAAAUCAAGAGUUUCAAUGAUUAUCGAAUCGUGUUCUGGAUGUCGAUUCCAAUCAUAACAGGAGUUAUCUGGGGAAUUCUCACUCAAACAUUAAUUGUACCAACGGAGCAAACAGAUCGUGCAAUUGAAAAUGUAUUGCUCAUUGAGUUUGACACCCAUAUUGAUGACAUAAUCUACGUCGGACCGUAUUUAUAUCAAAAACAAUUAGAUGGAAGUGUAAAAAUCAACAAAGAAAGUAUGAUUGCUAUGAUUGUUAUGAUGUCAAUAAUCUUAUUUUCAAUAAGUUUCAUAAUCUUCUCUGCUAUUAAAUGCUUUCUCAAAUUAAUCAUCUUUGUGAAAGUGAAUAGAAGUUUAUCCCGAAACUACAACAGUUUUCAAAAACAAUUAUUCUACGCAUUAAUUGUUCAAACACUCAUUCCGCUAAUUUUAAUGCAUUUUCCCGCUUUGACACUCUUUAUUUGCACAAUGCUUGAUAUCAAUUUGGGACAUAUUAGCGUUGUUGUGACAAUUACGGUUGCCAUCUUUCCAGCAUUAGACCCACUUCCAGUUAUGUUAAUCAUCAAAGAUUAUCGAUGUGCAUUAUCAAGUAUUGUUACAACUCAAGUUGUGCCAGUGAAAAACAAAGCGAAAAAUCAAAAACGCAGACAGCAAAUCAAGUUUUGAUCAUUGCUUCUAAUUGUUAAUAAACAUUUGUAUCUGUUUCUAAAAACAUUUUAGAAUUUGUGAAACAAAAUUCACUCAACAUCUGCUUUCGAUUAUUUCUAACUGUAUAGUGUAGUUUGUUCUUUUGGUAAUUACAGUGAUUACAUUACAAGUAUUGUAACAACUCGUGUUGUUUCCGUGAAAACCAAAUUGAAUACUCAAGGACCAAACCAUCAAGUUCAAUUCUAAUCACCCUUGUGAAUAAACAUUAUUUUCAAUAAAAAUGAGAUCACAAGAUUAUCAGAAAAUACUUGAAACAGUCGUGAUCUCCAGAGUUUUCAUUUGUUAAAUUGUUAAGAACAUGUUUAUCAACGAUUUAACAAAAAUAUUCAGGAAAUUGGGAAAAAAUGUUCCCUGUACUUUCAGAAUACCAUUUGUCUUUAGUCUUUGAUAGGAAAUUAAAUUCUAAUAGUUCGAAAACAAGAAAAAUAGUGAAAAUAUCGAAGAGCUAUUCUCACAACCCUCAAAAUACGGUUAUUUUAAGACAAAGUAUGCCACACGGUAGGAAAUUGAAAAAUGCCUAUAUAACCCACAAGGAAUGUUCCACAAUGUUCCCCCUCGAAAAAAGGUGGGACUAUGCGGGUAUUGUAGGUCCCCCCUGGGCUUGAAAAAGCCCAAAGGGAUUUUGUAAGUAAAAAUUUUUAACAGGAGUUUUUUGGGAAAACAUUUUUUUUUUGAAAAUUUUUCGAUUCUGAACUUUAAAAAUUUGAAACUUGGGUUAGAGUUGACUAAAUUACUCGAUCAAAAAAUCAAAAUGAAGCUAAAAUGCUAUACUUUUAAAGGUAUUACAGCUCUGUUGAUGAAAAAAAUAUUAGAGAUUAAAAAACCAAUGAAAACGAAAAAAUUUGAAAAGACCAAAAAUUGGAAAAGCAUGAAGGAGGCGAAUUCAUGAGUUCUAGUUGCUUCCAAAGCAUUCAGAACGCAAAUUUAGGUCUAGGCACACUUUUUCGGAAAAUUUGACCGUGGAAUAUGAGCACUUUACAGUUUUGUAGGCGAAUAAUCCAGAAAAAUGCAUCUUGUAGGUGCAACCAAUGGUGACCAAGUGGUUAACACGCAUGAUUAUUGAGAAAUCAGUCAUGAGUUCGAUCCCACAUGCUUCCUACUUUUUUUUUCGAAGUGACAACAUAAUCAAAUAUGUUCUCAAGGCGUUGAAUAUGACAUAAAAGGUUCUCUAGACUGGUCUCCUUGAAAGAAAUUGUCUCAAGGCUUGGCUCCUUGAAGCAAACAGUCUCAAGGUUCGGCUGCUUGAAAUACAUCACCUCAAGGCUUGGCUCCUUGAAGAAAACAGUCUCAAGGCUCGGCUCGUUGAAGCAAACAUUCUCAAGGCUCGGCUGCUUGGACUACAUCACCUCAAGGCUUGGCUGCUUGGACUACAUCACCUCAAGGCUUGGCUGCUUGGACUACAUCACCUCAAGGCUUGGAUCCUUGAAGCAAACAGUCUCAAAGCUCGGCUCCUUGAAACAAACAUUCUCAAGGCUCGGCGGCUUGGACUACAUCACCUCAAGGCUCGGCUGCUUGGACUACAUCACCUCGAGGCUUGGCUCCUUGAAGCAAACAGUCUCAAAGCUCGGCUCCUUGAAACAAACAUUCUCAAGGCUCGGCUGCUUGAAAUACAUCACCUCAAGGCUUGGCUCCUUGAAGCAAACAGUCUCAAAGCUCGGCUCCUUGAAACAAACAUUCUCAAGGCUCGGCGGCUUGGACUACAUCACCUCAAGGCUCGGCUGCUUGGACUACAUCACCUCAAGGCUUGGCUGCUUGGACUACAUCACCUCAAGGCUUGGCUGCUUGGACUACAUCACCUCAAGGCUUGGCUGCUUGGACUACAUCACCUCAAGGCUUGGCUGCUUGGACUACAUCACCUCAAGGCUCGGCUGCUUGGACUACAUCACCUCAAGGCUUGGCUCCUUGA